GAUUUUAGACCAUUUCAAGUCAUACAUCGAUAACUUCCGAGACCCUGUCUCCCGCCGAUCGGCUCUCUCUCUAGGCCUCAACUGUGUUCACUGCAGAAAAUGCCAGCACACCCAUUUUACCCUGCAUGACCGACACUUGUCCGCCGUAAUUCUCUCACUCUUUUCCUUCAUAAACCCCACUACCCCUUCUUCCCCCUCCACACCAUCUCCACUGACGGCAACUGAUGAUCAUCAAUCAACACUACCCAAUUCAUUAAGUUGGAGAAUUAACCCAGUUCAGAUCGAGAGAAGGAAGCAGAGGAAGUAUUCGAUCAUGGGGAACAGAGCAACGCCAUGGGUGCCGGUGCUGGCGCUGCUGCUGUUGAUGCUGCUGCAGGUGUUCUGCUUUGCGGUUGCGGCAGCGGUGGCCGGAGAUGUCGACAUUGGAUUUCCGGAGGAAGAGGCCGGGAGGGACAUCUUCCUGCUGCAGGAGUCCAAACGCGUGGUUAAGACGAAAGCAGGGGAGAUGAGGGUGGUGAAAAGCUAUGGAGGCAGAAUUGUGGAGAAGCCUCUCCACAUAGGCUUCAUCACCAUGGAACCUCGCAGUCUGUUCAUCCCUCAGUACCUGGACUCCAGUUUGAUCCUCUUCAUUCACAGCGGGGAAGCAAAGAUAGGAACAACCUACAAAGACGAGCUGGUGGAGAAGAAGUUGAAGAUGGGAGAUCUAUACAGAAUCCCAGCUGGUAACACCUUCUACUUGGUGAACACAGGGGAGGGGCAGAGGCUUCACAUCAUUUGCAGCAUUGAUCCUUCCGAGAGCUUGGGAAUGGGAGGUGCUUUCCAGUCAUUCUUCAUCGGUGGAGGAAAUAACCCCGUUUCCGUACUUGCUGGGUUCGGCUUGGAGACGCUUUCGGCUGCGUUAAAUGUAUCGAUUGCGGAAGUGAAGGAGAUGACGACCAGGCUUGACGAAGGACCCAUCGUGUCCAUAGAUUCUGAACAGGAAUUCUUCUGGUCGGAAAUCCUGAAACUGAAGCAGCAGGACAGGUUCAAACAGCUCAAGAAAAUGCUGGUGCUGAUCGAGAGGGAUUUGAAUCAACCUAGCACGGCAUCGGAAUUCACAAAGCAGAAGCGCCAAUAUAGACUCAGACAGCUGUGGAGCGUACUGGCGCAAAUUGAAGAGGAACGCUAUCAGCGAGGAGAGAGGUCAUGGUGGUGGAUGAAGCUCUUCAAACAUAUCAUCUCCCCAAGAGAAGAGAACUCGAAGAAAUCCGUGGACGAACCAGAAUCGUACAACCUCUACGAGAGGAGACCCGAUUUCAAGAACGAUUAUGGGUGGAGCAUUGCCCUCGACGAGUCUGAUUAUACUCCUCUCAAGAAAUCCGGCAUCGGCAUCUACUUCGUCAAUCUCACUGCGGGAUCGAUGAUGGCGCCCCAUGUGAAUCCGACGGCGACGGAAUACGGGAUCGUUCUGAGGGGAACGGGGACGAUCCAGGUGGUGUUUCCGAACGGAACGGGGACGACGGCGAGGGUGAAGCGAGGAGACGUGUUCUGGGUGCCAAAGUACUUCCCAUUCUGCCAGAUCGCGUCGCGCGGUGGGCCGCUGGAGUUCUUCGGGUUCACGACGUCGGCGCACAAGAACCACCCGCAGUUCCUGAUCGGAGCGAACUCGCUGCUCGACGUCAUGAGGGGGCCGGAGAUGGCGGCGGCGUUCGGGAUGAGCGAGAAGAAGUUCGAGCUGGUCGCCGCCGCUCAAACGGAGGCUGUGAUAGUGCCGUCGCGAUACGCAGAGCCGCCGGGAACGGAGGAGGAGGUGGAUGAGGAGAUGACGAGGAUCGAGAGGGUCAUCAAAGGAUUUGGCACUGGUAGGUUGAAUGAAAAUUGAUAGGUUUGCUCUGAUUAUUGGGAAGACUGGGAGAUGGGGUGGGUAGAAGCUUUGGCUAGCUAGUUUAGAAAAGUGUUUUUAGAAGCGUUCUUGUUUCUCUGUUUCUUUUGUUUCUUGCUGUGUCUUUAUCUUCUCGAGGGGUUUGAGAGCUGUGAAUAAGAUGAAUUGACACUAUUUCAUCUUCUCCAA